AUGACGGACAUGAUCCAGCGCGGCCGUCUCUCCUCGCGAGUUGAUACAAAUCUCUCCCACUUACAAAAGACUCACAGUGACACAAAAAUGGCCUUUCGGUGGUGGAUCCUUUGGCUGCUGUUUGCCUCGACAUCUGCAGCUGUCUUCGGAGCUUGUCGCGGCGACUCAGAGGCUACCGGAAGACCAACCAGACAUCCCUGGUUGAAGUCUCAGAACGAGAAAUCUUCAUUUUUGACGAAUAAGACUCGAAAAUUCAGAGUCAACGGCACGGGCGUCCCGGGGGUAGACUUCGAUGUCGGAGAAUCAUAUGCCGGCUUGCUCCCCGUCAGCGAACAAGAUAACGCCGACCAGCUCUACUUCUGGUUCUAUCCUUCUGCGAAUCCGACCGCAAACAAGGAGAUCGUGAUUUGGCUAUCUGGAGGGCCCGGCUGCUCAUCUACCGGAGAACUCCUGCGUGGCAAUGGCCCCAUCAGCUGGCUUCCGGGCACGUCCAGGCCGCUCGCCAACGCAUGGAGCUGGCACAGGCUCACUAAUGUGGUCUGGAUCGACCAGCCCGUCGGAGCAGGCUUCUCCAAAGGCCAGGCGACUGCUAGACACGAGACCGACGUUGCCACACAGUUCAUGGGUUUCUGGAGGAACUUCGCCAACACCUUCGCCCUCCAUGGAUACAAGAUCUACAUCACCGGCUCGUCCUACAGCGGCAUGUACGGCCCGUUCAUCGCUAGUGCGAUGCUUGACGCCCGAGACAAGAACUACUUCGACCUCACAGGCUUGCAAAUCUUCGACGGGCUCUUCUCUACUCCCCAGCUCGCCUCCAAUAUCCCCAUCGCGGAUUUUACCGAAACCUGGAGCAGCCUUCUCGCCCUCAACGACUCGGUCGAGCACUUUGUGCGGAGCCAAGCUGAGAACUGCGGCUACUCGGAGUACUUGAGACGAUAUCUAGUCUUUCCUCCGACGGAGCACCAGCCAGCUACGCUUCCAGGCAUACAGCCAGACGGUGCUCUCGCCCCCGGCUGCGAUAUCGGGCACCCCGUCGUCGCGGCGGCCCAGGCUUCCAACCCGUGCUUCAGCAUCUACGACAUCACGAAGCACUGCCCCCUGCCCUUCGACCCCCUCGGCUUCAACGACGACAUUCCAUACGCUCCAGAUCGCGGAGCGGACCCCGUCUACUUGAACAGGGGAGACGUGAAGGCGGCGAUCAAUGCGCCUGUAGACGUCGACUGGGCCUUUUGCUCUCGCACGUCGGUCUUUGUCGGCGGCGUCGACGGGUCUCUCGCCGGCGUCGGCAGCCGCGACGUGCUCGCCACGGUCAUUGACCGCACGAGGAACGUCAUCAUCGGCCACGGGAUGCGCGACCUCGCGCUGCCUGCGAACGGAUCGCUGCUGGUGAUACAGAACAUGACGUGGGGAGGCAAGCUCGGCUUCCAGGCCCGGCCUUCGGGGGCCCUUUACGUGCCGUACCACCACCACGACAGCACCGAUGACCACGCGAACCUGGCCGAGGCGGGUGUGGUGGGUACGUCUCACUCUGAGCGCGGCCUCACGUACAUGGCGGUGGCCGGAGCGGGGCAUUUCCUGGGGAUGGAUGCACCGGCCGUGGCUUACCGGAGCCUCGAGGUGCUGCUCGGUCGGGUAGAGAAUCUCAAGUCCAAGGUCCCCUUUACCACGGACCGGGCGGCCACCCCGCAGCCUCCGGGCGCGAUUGGUCGGGGAACAGUUGAGGUCGGAGCCAGGGCGCAGAGACCCAGUCCGCCCGGACUCGUCUCUCCUGAGGUGUAG